AGGGGGCGUUUGGUUGUUGUCUUGAGAUACCUUGCAUCAAUGAUGAUUCACUCACUGCUAGAUGAAGUAAGUCUAAUUCAAUGAAGCAAGAUGUCGGAGCUGUUGAGUACGGAGAAAUUUCGAAGAUAACGAAUAAUAAUAAUCAUACGUGUCUUCAUACUACAUACCAAAUCCAAUACAUUUAUUUACUCGCCUUUCCCCCCUAAUCAAGGUACUACACCACAGUUCAAGGCGAGAGUUAACCAACCACCGGAGUCCAAAAGCAACGAGGACAAACCCUCCCCUCUCUAACACUCUUUCGACGCCGACAGCAUGUCUUCCCCGAUCCUCAUCCCCGCCACACUGGCCCUGUUAUUCGCCACCAUAGUAUGCACCGAGCUCGUCAAGGCCAUUCUUCGCAUCUCCGGGGCCGUCGUAAUAUCCCUCUCUCGCGCCAUCUCCGACAUCCUCCUCGUCGGAUCCCAGUCGCUCCUGUCCCGCCUGCUCAACGUCGCUGUUUCGCUCGGCUUGUGUCUCUACGACAUCGCUGCGCUCCUGCUCUUCGUUGCUGCUACCUUCGGACCCCUGAUCGUCGGCUUCCUUCUGAUAAGGAGUCUUGUACUAGGCGUGAGACCUCUUCGCUUUCCCUGGGGAUAACUAGGUACUAAUAGUGCUAAUUUUUUUUUGUGGUCUCUGGAGAAGCGGAAGACGUUACAGAGGGAAAACGAGUUCCCCAUAAGAGAUGGUAAGCGCCGUCGUCGUGAUGCUUGGAUUCGCCAACAACAUAUCUGUUGUUAUGAUGCCCCGAUAGAAGAGCAAUGCUGGUGCGGACAUCAUGGGUAGAUGGGAACUUGAAGGAAGCGGGAUGAUAAGACAGACAGACGUAUGAUUGUCCUUUUGA